ACAACGAAUUUUACGGUCAUAAAAAAUAGCCUCUAGUUUUAGCCUUAUCGCCUUUCUACAUUGUCUUUAUGUAAAAUGUUUGUCCCAUUCUUUUCUUUCCCACCUUUGUCCACAUUCUUUCAGAUUGCCUGCGCGCGGCAGCCUGAAGCCUGAAAACCCUCGAUCCCAAACCCUCCUAUUUUGAUCCCCAUCAUUAUUUUCACUAUGUGCUCUGAAUCUGAGCCAUCCCCUCCUUUAAUGGCGGUCACUACACAACAAAGGAAUUCUGAUCCUCCUCCUAAUCCUCUAGCUGUUCAGCCAUUUUCGUUGCGGAAAAUGAGCUGCAAUGGCUGCAGGGUCCUGCGCAAGGGUUGCAGUGAUGAUUGCGUUCUACGACAAAGUUUGCAGUGGAUCGAGAGCCCGCAAUCGCAAGCCAAUGCUACGGUUUUUGUUGCCAAGUUCUUCGGUCGCGCGGGGCUCAUGACCUUCAUUCAAGGCGUCUAUGAGACCGAACGCCCCGCUCUGUUCAAAUCUCUGUUAUAUGAAGCAUGCGGAAGAACAAUAAACCCUGUACAUGGAGCCGUCGGUUUACUGUGGACCGGAAAAUGGCAUAUUUGCCAGGCAGCAGUUCAGAAAGUUCUCAACGGAGGCAACCUGGAGCGGCCCCCUACGCCAACGAAUUUUCCGUCAAAUGACACAAACAGAGCCAUUGUUUCCAUCUCACCCUCAACGGACACCAAUGGGGCUGCCGCUGCCCCAAGUUUCUCGUCAGUUGGCGCAAAUAAAGCCAUUGUUCUCAGUCUACCCUUGAGAGACUCCAAUGGAGUCGCCGUGCCAAAUUUCUCGUCAAUUGACGGGAAUAAAGCCACCGGUUCCAAUUUACCUCCAAGAAACACUUAUGGAGUCGCCGUGCCAAGUUUACCGUCAAUUGACGCAAAUAAAACCACUGUUCCCACCUUACCCCCCAUCGACACCAGUGGAGUCGCCGUGCCAAGUUUCUCGUCAAUUGACGGAAACAAAGCCAUUGUUCCCACUUUACCCUCAAGCGACGCCUAUGCCCUCGCCAUGCCAAUUUUCUCGUCAAUUGACGCUGUUGAAUCUCGGCCACAAGAGGGCAACACCUCGCAGGAAAAAUUUGACAUCCAUAGACGUACAGGCAUUCCAGAAUUCUCCGUCCUUGACAAUCAAGGAGCCUGCAAAAGACCAACUGAUGACGAUCUCUCCAAACUCUACGAGCUUGGCAAGGCCGUCACGACGGUAAACCGCAGAGUUCGUCAAAGAACAGAGGAGGGAAACAAUAUUGCUGUCGCCAACAUUGACGGAAGCAAUAUUGCCGGCAACAAUGAUGCCAUUCAAAAUAUCGGCCAGGUCAUUAACGACGGAAAUCUUACCGGCGGGAAUAUCAACGCCGCAGAUGUUACGUCAACAACUGGGAGUGGGCAGCAGCAGAACGCGGGCGGUGACGUGAAACUGGAUUUAAGCUUGAACUGCCAGUCUAAGUUGUCAAAUUUGAAGCAACAGAGGAUUUCAAGUCCGUCGGGUAAUUCUGUCAAUUCCGAAGGCUCCGUCAAUAGACAGCUUCCAGGCCCUUUACCAGAGUCGCCACAGAAACUUCUGGACCUCCUUUGAGCUAAAAAGUUUGCAGUCACCUGUCAAAAUCUCUGCACAUUAUUUAAAUCCAUAGGUCUUCAUUUUUGUAAAGUGGGUACAGAUAAUCUGUUUGGCUUUUUCGUGCUGCAUCUCUAAUUUAAAUCAGAAAGCCAGGCCAUGAGAUGACUGGAAAAGAAGAGAGUCAGUGAAAUACGGUAAAACAUGUUACGCUUCGGUGGCGAUCGUGGAAAUCAGGAACGGAGAGGCCCACCAUCCACGUAAGUUUUUUUUGUGGCACACCAUCUAUUUCGGCCCAUCUGCUAUGCCCUAGGUGGAUUGAUUUAACCACGAUGAAUCAAGUUCAAAAUUUGGGAUGCUGAUGUAAUAUUUUUAUACCCUUUAACAUUUGAAAUUUAGAUGUGUUCAAUUGA